CUCGUUUAGGCCCAAACGUCAUCGCACUUAUGUUUAGAGAAUCGCCGUCAGUCGAAUAACUCGCGUCAGGACUCGAGAGACGACCACUGAGCUGAAAUGGCCGAUCAAAGAAGAUCCUCGUCCCUGUUGCUCACUUUCAUCGUCUACUUCUCUUUGUGGCCAACCACCACCACAGCAUCUGUCUUUCAACUGAAUCAAUGCUUUGAUGAAUGUCCGGCAAAUCAUUUAGUCUCCAUCUUUGAUUCGCCGUGUUCUGGCCGCUGUGAUACGCAUGGUUACUCCUACUACUGGUGCUACACCCAAGAUGGAUGGGGCUACUGCUCCCCAGGAGAGAACAUCGACUACGAAGGCAACAAGUGUCAAAGCACCUGUGCUCAGUAUUCGGAUGGUUACUCGUGCAAAUUGUCCACAGGACAUUGGAACACAUGUGCACCAGUGAAGCCAAAAGCACUGACUCAUAACACCAGGUAUAUAGAAAAGUGCAUUGACGACUGCCAGUACCAUGAAUCGGGAGAUUACUUCUGGUGUCACACUGAGAAGAGCUGGGAUUACUGCUCACCUCUACCAGACUACACCUACAGAGGUGAGUCUUGCCGCCAGGGUCACAGCUGUGGAACCAAUAGCUACAGUUAUAGCUGGUGCUACACUUCAUACCACGACGACUGGGAUUAUUGUGGAAUUAUCAGUCCCGGAGAGUGCAGCUACACCGACUCAUUCCGUAGAAAACGGCAAACCAAUAAUCCAAGUGUGCUCUGUACCAGGAGGGAUGAUGAUGAUGAUGAUGAUGAAGAAGGCAAGAGGAGAGUGACCUACUUCCUAGAAAAUAGGGAACGAAAUAACAUUGCCAGCGUCAACAAAAAGUUAUGCAAUGAAGCACUAGACUUAAUUAACAAAUGGGACAAUCAGAGAUUGAAUGACCAAUCCAGGUCCAACUUGAUUCGUUCGGCUAAUUUCCGCAUUGAUAACCAGGGACUGUGUAAAAUGAAUAAUCAGCGUUGUUACAACCUGCAAGUUCAGAUGAACAAGCAACGCAGUGCAGGUGAAAGCACGACUGUGUCACAUAUCGUCGUCCCUGUGGACACGUCAGCCGAGUACAUGCGACUGGCCUUCAAACUAAGUUUAGAGAAGCAGGCCAGUGUUCACGUCCAGGUAAAGGACGAAGCAGCCCCCACCUCAUACAGCAACCAAAGGUGUUGUAGGCGACGGAAACACUAGCGUCACUCUUCAGCCCUCGUCAGGAUUAGUCGUGUCAUUUUACCACAGGACAUCAAGCGAGAGGGGUCCAACGAUUCACGUACCGCUUGUCUCUGAAGUAAAAUGUGUACUUUUACUCCAGUACAUUUCCCUUAACCAUCUUUGUUAAUUGUUACUACAAAAUAAAAGUUGAGCUGGUGACGUGAUGCCUGUUUUGGUGCCAGUUUUUAGCGGCACCAGCUGUUAGCCGCUCAGCUGUUAGCCGCAGAUUUCGGCUCCAAGUGGACUUAAAACACAUCAGUGGCUCGUUGUUUACCGUGUCCGACACAGAGGCUCUGGUCUCCGGGUUUCUGUUGUAGUGACGGCGGUGUGUAAACUGCUUUACCCCUCCUACUUUUGGUAGUGGUAUAUCCUGUGGUAAAAGGUCCAUCUACUCGUGUGAGUAGGGUCAGAAACUGUAAACUGUCACGACCAAAUUGCUUGAAAAUCAGCCUGAAUUUGUGUCAUCUAAUCCCAACAUGAAUCGUCGUGAAACUCAACAUGAGUACAUUUUUAUUCUUCUUAACUUGAUCAACAAAUCACUUUGUACCAGACUUACUGUUAUUGUUGUAUUUUAAAUGAAGGUAAUUGCACCGUUUCUCAGUGAAAUUGUACUUUGUCUCAUUUUAUUUGUACGUUCACUCAGCAUAAUUGUGUUUUACCUCAAAGUAAAAGUACACACACUGAACAUAAUUGCAUUUUACUCAAUGUUAAUAAUUGGAGUGUAACUCAUUGUGAUUCUAUUUUCACUGCAUUGAUCUUCCUUGCCUAAAAUAAAUAAACAUUCACCAAAGCAA